AUGGCCCGAUGGCAAAUUCUACUGUCUGAAUUCGACAUAGCCUAUUUGACUCAAAAGGCCGUAAAAGGAAGCGUGAUAGCAGAUUUUCUAGCUAGUAGAUCUUUAGAAGAUUAUGAGCCUUUGAACUUUGACUUCCCAAAUGAGGAUCUGAUGUAUGUGGCAACCGCUGAAGUGAACACACUAGAAGGCAAUGGAAUUGGGGCAGUUUCGGUAUCCCUAAACGGAAAUCAUGAUCCAUUUACCUGUAAAUUGGAUUUUGAUUGCACAAACAAUAUGGCCGAAUACGAAGCAUGUAUUAUGGGGAUUCGUACAGCCAUCGGACAUAAGAUUAAAGUGCUAGAGGUAUAUGGGGAUUCUGCACUGGUAAUUUAUCAACUCAAAGGAGAAUGGGAGAUAAGAGAUCCCAAAUUGGUCAAUUACCGAAAGCUAGUUAUUGAGCUAAUUGACAAGUUUGUUGACGUCACCUUCUCUUACCUUGCGCGAGAAGAAAACAGAUGGCCGACGCUUUGGCUACUUUGGCUUCUAUAA